AUGCAUAUGGCCAAUGAGUUGUAUAUCAACUUGAAGAAGUGCAACUUCUUGACUGAUAAGUUGUUGUUCUUAGGGUAUGUGGUCAGUUUGGAUGAGAUUCAUGUUGAUGAGAACAAGGUUUGUGCAAUCAGAGAAUGGCCAACCCCAAAGACAGUGAGUGAUGUGCGAAGCUUCCAUGGGCUAGCAACCUUCUUUCGAAGGUUUGUUCGAGAUUUCAGUAGCAUAGUAGCCUCUAUCACUAAGUGUCUGAAGAAGGGGAGGUUCUCAUGGGGAAAUGAGGUAGAACAGAGCUUUGCCUUGAUCAAGGAAAAGUUAAGCACAGCCCCGAUUUUGGCAUUGCCCAACUUUGAUAAGGUGUUUCAGGUGGAGUGUGAUGCAUCUGUGGUCGGGAUAGAUGCUGUUUUUUCACAAGACAACAGACCAGUAGCAUUCUUCAAUGAGAAAGUUUUUGAAGCUUGA